AUGAGUUUCGUCGCCUUCGGCUCCAUUCUGCCUAUCCUAGCGCAUUCAACGAAACCUCCGAAGGCAGCUCAUGUUCAAUCUUCUCGGGCAACUUAUGUUCAGUAUGUCCCUCCGGAGGCUUUCAAUGGCAGUGUCAUUCCAUCCUUCAUCUCCGACGACUUUGGUUUCGUCGGCGCCAGGAUGUCGGACUACAAUAGGAGUGUGUGGGACUGGUGGUACUUCGACGUCGUUUCGCCGACUGACAACUCUUCAAUUACCAUCCUCUUCAACCUUGCUUUUGAUACCGGCUUGCUGGGUGGCAGUCCAACAACUGCUGCGAACACGGACAUCACGGGCACUUUUGCGAACGGCACAAAGUUCUCUUACUCGACUGAAGCACCCAACGGCGCUGUUAUCGUCCCUGCACAAGAGGGUGGCUCAUCUGGUAGCUGGAACGAGGCCGGGAUGGCAUGGAGCAGCUCCCCGGACAUGAAGACUUAUGUUGUAUCCAUUGAAACUCCUCUUAUCAACGGCACCGUGACCUUUGAGUCCAAGGCGCCGCCUCACUAUCCCUGUGGCCCCAAGGAACCUCGAUCAAAUCUCCAGAUUGCGAAGAACUUUGGCUGGGCCAACGCCGUUUCGGAUUCGGAUGCGGUUGUUGAUCUCACAGUGGGCGACGAGCAAGUCAAGUACACUGGAUACGGGUACCAUGAUAAGACCAACAGUGACAGGCCAUUCGUGGAGAGCUUCACCGAUUGGUAUUGGGGCCAUGCUCGUAUUGGCGACUACUCUAUCGUCUGGUUUGACUUUAUUGACGACGAAUUGGUCAACACUGUCAGAUCAUACGCGUCGAAAGACGGAAAGAUCAUCACCGCAUCUUGCAAAGAGGGAGCUGUCAAGGUGCGCCCAGUCGAUGGGCCGUACCCGCCUGUUGGGGAUGGGAACUUUCCCUCCGCGUUCAACAUUGUCAUGGAUCUUGGAAAAGAAGGCAUUCUCAAUGUCACAGUCACCCGAGAAGUAACCGUUCUGGAAGUCCCCAUCUAUGAACGGUGGACAGGACCCGCCGUAGGAUCUAUCAAUGGCGGUCCGGAGAUGACUGGAGUUGGUCUAUGGGAGGAGGUUAACCUUCUCAACCCUUUGGCGUAG